AUGAGCGUGUCGCCGUCAUCUCAGAAAGUCGACGACUUUCUUUCGAGCUUGUCAGAAAUCUCGCAAGAACGUCUUAAAGAGAACCAACUGCGUCAGCGGAGUCUUCAAAGAGACAUUGACCAUUUACGUCUGUCUUCCACUUCCAAACCACAGAAGCCGAGCAGUCUCAGCCUGACCCCACGUUCCCAUGGAAUUAGAGAACUUUCAUUCAAUCGUUCUGCAAGAAAUCUGUUUUACGAGAAAUGGAAAGAUAGCCAACCUCAGCAGGCACCAGAGUUACCGAAAAGAAGCCGCCCGAAACAAAAACCAAUGAAACCGAACAAGCCUAGCAUCUUUGCAGCCGAAAUUGGGCGUGAGCAUUCACCAGAGCUGCAGGUGGUUGAAGAAAAGGUUACAAUUGACCUCAUUAGGCCUGUUGCCAGGAAAUCACCAGCCAAACCAGGGAAGCCCGAAACCAAACCAACGUGGGUUUCUACAAGAACUGAAAAGCCCACAUCAUCUGGGACCGGACAGUUUUCUUUCAGUGCUCUCGAGGAGAGAAUUAAGAAGUCCGGAGUUACGCAGAAUCUAGAGCUAGAAGAAGAUGCACCGAGCCUUCCUUCAAGAAACAAGGCGGUUGAAUAUCCUCCUAAACUUCCUUCGAGAGAGAAAUUGGUCGAAACCCCGCCCAAACUUCCUUCAAGAGAUAAAACACCUGAUGCGCCUAUGCUUCCUUUGAGGAAAAAGAGUUCUCAAUCUCCUAACCCAUCUGUUAUGAACAGAAGCGACGAAGAACAAAAUGAUAAUCUAGUCUCAAAGAAAGCUGCACCCAUAAUAGAGAAGCCUAAGAUUCCAACGAAACCAAAAGUAAACUUGAAGUCAUACGAAGAAAAGGACACUGAAAUGCUUAGACAGCGAAUUAAGCAACUUUCUCCUUCUAAGAAGGUUCUCAUUGAGGAAAAAGAAGAUUUCACACCUGAAGACCAUAUCAAGAAGCUUUCGGAGUCACGCCGUAUGAAGCCGGAAAAGCCCCUCAAACCACGGACGGUUGAAAAACCUGAAGCCCCCAAACCUGAAGCGUUAUCUUUUCUUCUGAAAUUGAAGCCGGCUAAACCUGCGCCUCCGAAACCCGAACCCAAACCAGAAGCUCUUCGCCGUUUUGAAACAAUGAAAAAGCAUGACACUGGAGAACCUCUAAAAACGAAUUCUACUGACAAGAUUGGUUCAGGACUAGCCAAAAAACCAGCACCAACCCCAAUUAAUAUGGGACAGAGCACAAUCAAAAGAGGUCAAACGUCGAUUAAAGAAGUACCCAGCAUAGCUAAGAAAGGACCUACAAUCAUCGAAAAAGGACCAAACGAAAUUAAUAACGACAAUGCGGUUUUGGGCUCACACGGUUUCAAAACAGAAACUGCUGACAGACUGGCAUCGGAUUUGUCUUACACAAAACUCGACCCGAAAGCUAAGUUCCAAGCGCAAUUAUCAAGUAUUCUCAGAGCUAAUACAGACCCAUCACUGAAUGCCCCGAAAAAGUCUGAAGCUGCAGUCAGAAGAUCAAAUACUGACCCAGUCGAAUCUCGGAAACUGCUUACCCAUCCGAACAAGUCGAGGUCAAAGGGGCCGAAGCGGAGACUACCAAAACAAAACAUGAGCUCUACAACAAAGGUCGAUGAUAUCAAGAAAGACGAACCCAUACUUCAAGUGACUAAACCACUUCCCAAACCCAACAAGAAAACACCCCCACCGAUCAAGGGCAAGAAGCCAAAUUUAGAAAUCAAGCGGCGAGUGGUAAGUGGCGAGCUUUUCAUUUAG